AUGCUCGUCAACAUAUUCACUACCACUGUCAUCAUAGCCUGUGCUUUUUUGGCGGCCCCGGUUCUCGGCAGCCCCAUCGAUGUCCUCCCAGAUGGCCUUGAAUCCCACCUACAGAGUCGAGCCAGUGACUUUACGGUCAGAUUCUGGGAUACCACUCUUUGCAAGACUGAGAGAUCCAAGAAGGAUUUCAACAGUGGACAUUGUAUCAAGCGUUUAGCUGAGAAAGACCAUGCCGUGAGCAUGGUAACCCGAAAAGCUACAAAGUGCCACAUGAUCAGAUAUCGAGAGCAUGAUUGCAAAGGCUAUUCUGAGAAGGUUCUUAACCUCAAAGAUUGCUUUAAUAUCGGAGACGAGUGGGAGUCCCUCAAGUUCAAGUGCUAA